ACCAGCUUGCGUGCUGCCUUUGGCACGCGUGCCAUAGGUUGCCUACCCCUAUUAUAUAUGUAUGUCAUCAGUACGUACAAACGUACCAGCCUAUGGAGCAAGUGUACCCUGGCAUUUUGUGGGUGAGGAAACUAAGUUUGGACAUAGAAGGAAGGCUCAAGUGUUCAAGCUCGGUAAGAGGGGUGACCCACUAUGCCAAGGAGGCUUCUUCGUUCUUCGUUAGUUUAUUAUCCUUUUGUUUAUUAGUCUGUUAGUUCUUAAUUGUAAGUUUUAAGUCAGUGAGUUAAGAAAACUCUGUUAGCUUCUUUAGUCUUCUAUAGCUCUUAGCUCUUUAGCUUCUCCUAAGCUCUGCACCUCCCACUCAAGAAUUGAGGAACCUGGACCUGAACUCUCUUGGCAUACCAGAGGCAAAGCUGGUCCUUUGUCCCAUACCAGGUUAUCAAGGAAGGGUGUGAGUAUAAUAAUCAAAAGCUUUAUAGUGUAUAAUAUCUCAUGUAUCUCUAGAACAAUAUCAUUGCCUUUGUAACUCGGAUUAUUUUACCAUUUGAUUACUGUUUGAUUACUAUUCCAUUUAUCGCAAUAAAAGUCUUUAAAGCUACAUUUGUCUCCGUGUGAGCGUCCUUGUCGUACAUCCCAAGUGUCCUUGCAAACUCUGUGUAGCCUGACUCUGGGACAAGAACCUUAUUAUCUUCUGAUCAGAUUAAUUGGUGAGCCUAUAACCCAUAUUAUCUAAAAUAAGAAUAUUACCUCCUUAAAUCAGGCAACAUUGUCUACCAUCCAUCUUGGGCAUUGAGAAACCUGGACCAUCAGACUCAUUUGGCAUGCCAGAGGCAGGGCUGGUCCUUUGUCUCUCACCACCAGGUCUUAAGGAAGGGUGUAAGUAUGCGAAUCUAAGAGCCUAUACAAAGAAUGAUAUCGCAGAUAUCCCCCAUACUGGAUUAUUCCUGUCUGAUUACGUGGCUCAGAGCUUUUCUGGCUUUAUUAUUGAUCCUAAUAAAAAUCACUGCUUUGCUUUGACCUCCAUGUGAGUGUCCUGGCUAUACUCUUUGAGAUUCCUGACAAGAAAUUGAACUCAUUGGUUUUAGUUCCGUGUAGCCUGAUUCUGGGACAAGAACCUUAGUACCUCUGAUCAACUGAACAAGUAUGAUUACCUAUUAAAAGGAUCAGGUAACAUUAUAAUAUUAUAUUAUUUAACCUUUUUGUGUGUCGGUUUUCUUAUUUAAAAAUGGUAUAAUGCUAUCUCACUGGAGAGGGAGGAAAGGUUUGAGGCUUCAUUCAAUAUGCAAACUGCUCUAUGAUCCUUGGAUGAAAGAUGCUGUGAAAACAUAUACUAUUUCUUUAUGCAGUCUUUUGUGGGGUGUCUUAUACUGAUUCAUGUCAACAGCUUCAAAGAAAACAGCAUGCAGUGCUCACUGUAUUCAUGAUUUAGACUCUAUUAGUGCUGGCUAAUAUAACUGUUGAAAUUAGACCUCUGACUUGUGAGCCCUCUCUAUGUGGGGGAUUGCUCAUUAGCAUGUCUGGCUUACUGGCUCUCAUUCUCUAGCUGAUGUUUGAGUAGCUUGAGCAGACUCACUCUGUUAUAACCUUUAAUAACGUUUAUUUAAGUCAGAAUAGCCAGGAGUGAAGGCCAUGGAAGCCAGGUAUCUUCGGACAUUGGGCCACUCGCUCCAAGGGUGGAUCCCUUGCUGCUGCGUCAGGAAGGACUAAAGUUAAGAGAAACAACAGAGGCAAAAUAUGUACGACACUUUUUUCCUUAAAGGUUAGGCAGCAGAAUGCCCUAGAUUUCAAAGUGACUAGUAUUUCUAAAGUGGAUCAGUCACAGGACAAGUGUAAGCGAUCUUGGACCAAGUGAAAAUCCAACACUUCACUUGCCCAGGGAGGAGAGGUGUACAUCUCUUUUUCCAGAGAAGGACAGAGGGGACUGAGAAGGAAGUAGCUGAGAUAGGAACAGGUGAGAGACAUUCCUUUAGUUCACUUAUGAUGUUUUCUCUUUGCAGGCAAGUGGGAUCCAUCCUGUGACUGACUGACUGACUUUCUGGAAGAGUGAAGCACAUUAUAGGCUGAUUAGAGGCUCAGCAAACACUGGUACCUGUUCUGCCCUUGCUUCUAGUGGCCAAGCAGAAGCAGUGAGGUCACUUAAAUAUAGAGACCAACGGAAUCAUGGAAGACAGCUCUCCACAUUCCUUUGGGCUUGGUGUAUAUCAUAAUCAUAAAGUGACUCUUGUUAAUGAUACAAUCCCCAGGGCUAAAAGGCCCUUAGACUUGCUGGAGGAGGAUGAGCCCCUGCAAUCAGAUGCUAAGAAACGGUGCCACUUAAGUAAUUAUUGUAGCACUCCAUGUCCAUCAAAGAAACUAUCACUGUGCUCCCCAGAUUCUGCCUGCUUCCUAGGCUCCUCUGGCUGUCUGGAUGAUACUGAGCUGGAGAACAUUGUCAUCAGAGUUAGUCUUCCAGAAGACAGUGUGGUAGCCCUUUCUGUGAAUACAGCCAGAUGUUUUGAUGAUAGUGAGCCAGAUGACUCUUUGCUGGAACCCUCAGAUGAUGAACAAGGGAACUCUCCCUUCAAUUACACUGAGGAAGAGUGUAGGGAAAUGUUAGCAGACGAUUGCUUAGGAGAUGACCAGAACUCCGCUGGAGAGAGUGCUUUAGUGACUCAAGAUGUAUGGGGACAAAGUGAGAAGGAAGUGAGUAGCAACUGUAAUUUGGCAUCAGUCCCCCCUGAAGGCACAGAGACAUCAUUCAGGACCAUAGAUGAGUUAGUAAGUAACGAGUCUCUAUCUCAGACUGGCUCUUCAGUUAAUCCUGGAUAUUUUCAGAUUCUUGAGGAUGAAACAGCUAAUUCCGAGGGUGAAGAAUGCUUGAAUGUGGACUGCUUGAAAUCAAAUCAAGUCACUUGUACACUUGACUGUGAUCUUCAGGGGCCUCUAAAUCUUUCCCCAACUGAUGCAGAUUCAAUAGAUCAGCCAAAAGGGGAUGAUGGCUUGGAGGAAACUGGUGAAAAAGCUUCACAAGUAAUAAGAGAUGACCAUCUACAAAAUGCAAGCAAGCAAAGUGUAGAGUAUAAUGAAAUCAGUUCUAAUAGCUUGGUUGUUGAAGAGUCCUUUGAGUGCCUGGCUUCUAAAGAGCACCACAGUGGGGGCCUGGAUAGUGUGGAAAAGCUGCCAUCAGAAAUCAAAGAAUCAUCUCCCUUCUCUGAUGCACACAUUAAAACUUCUAUGUACUCUCCUGACCCUGCCUGUAGUCAAAGUAAGGACAAAGUGGAGAAUCCAGCACCUGUCCUGCUACUGCAUCCGAAAACCUCUAAUGUUGUCUUAAAUCAGGACCCUUCCAGAGGAACAGACAAUGGAUUAUCAGGGACCUUUGGCUCCCAAAAAGAAGAUUUGAGCCAGCAAUCCACAUCUGUUGAAGAAUCGUCAGACAAUCUUAAAUUAAACUCUGUAGUGUUAGACCAGAACUGUGGGGAAGACCGUGCCUGUGGGAAGAAGCUAGGCAAAGUCAUUCCUGUGCCACAGGUGGAAGAAAGGUAA